AUGGCGACUGGCAGCUCGUACUACCUUCCCUCACCCAUGACGCGCUCGUUGGAUGCGGGGGACUCUGUCAAGUUUGUCGUAGUGACCGGCGGUGUCUGCAGCUCUCUCGGCAAGGGCGUGACGACCUCCGCUACAGGUGCCCUUCUCCGCGCGCACGGGUACCGCGUCUGUAGCAUCAAGAUCGACCCGUACAUCAACAUGGACGCAGGGCUGAUGAGCCCGUACGAGCACGGAGAGGUGUACGUCCUCGAGGAUGGCGGAGAGGUUGACCUUGAUCUCGGCAAUUACGAGCGCUGGAUGUCGGUUCAUCUGAAACGCGACCACAACAUCACGACUGGUAAGGUAUACCAGAAGCUCAUCACAAAGGAGCGCGAGGGGGGUUUUCUCGGAAAGACCGUGCAGCUGGUGCCACACUUCACGAACGAGGUUGUGGACCACAUCUUCCGCAUCUGCCAGGAGCCAGUCUGUGAGAGCGGAAAGUUGCCGGAGAUCUGUAUGAUCGAGCUGGGCGGCACAGUGGGUGAUAUGGAAUCGCAGCCGUUUGUUGAGGCCCUGCGCCGACUCCGCUACUCUAUUCCGCCAGAAGAUUUCUGUCUGAUGCACACGACGUACCUCCCUGUCUUUGGUGGUUCACAGAAGACGAAACCAACGCAGCACAGCUCCCGCACGCUGCUUUCCCUCGGCCUUCAGCCCGACUUCUUGGUGUGCCGCAGCGAGGAGCGUCUCACAAAGGAGGUGAGGGAGAAGUUGAGCAACCAGUGUGGUGUGCAGAUCGUGGACAUCAUUGGUGCACCUAACGUUGAUUCACUGUAUCAAAUUCCUGUGGAAUUUACCAAUGAGGGUCUGGUUAAACGAUUGCUGCACAAACUGCGCCUGCACUCCAAGGUGCCCCCAAUGGAUGUGCCCAACUAUGAGACCUACUUGCAGUACACCAAGAUCCUUCGCGAUAUGUCGAAUCCUGUUGUCCGCAUUGCUUUUGUGGGCAAGUACGUCACAGCCGGUGGAGACGCUUACUUCUCCGUUCUCCAGUGCUUUGAGCACUGCCAGAUCGCUCUCCAGGUGCGUCUUGACAUUCUCUACAUUGAAUCGGAGGAACUUGAGGGACCCAAUGCAGAGGAGGCCAAACAAGCAAUUGUCGAGUGCGAUGGCAUCUUCGUCCCUGGUGGAUUCGGUGUGCGAGGCGUGGACGGCAAGUGUGCUGCUGUUGAAGUGGCACGGAAGCAUAAUAUCCCGUACUUCGGCGUGUGCCUUGGCAUGCAAGUUGCACUCAUUGAGUUCUGCCGCAAUGCUCUCGGCUGGAAGGACGCAAACAGUGAGGAGUUCGACCCAUCAAGCACGCACCAGGUUGUGCGUAUCAUGGACUGUGAUCGCACGAGCAUGGGUGCCAAUAUGCACCUUGGCGCCCGCGACGUGCACCUUGUGGAGAAGAACUCCACGAUGGCGAAGAUCUAUCCCCACGCCGACGUCAUUGUGGAGCGCCACCGCCACCGUUAUGAGGUCAACACGACAUACCUCAAGGAGGUGCGUGAUGCGGGCCUGAAGAUCAGCGCCGUGACGGACCCCGACAUGGGCCCGGAGUGCCGCGUGGAGGCGAUCGAGAUCCCCUCGCUCCGCUUCUUCCUCGCAGUGCAGUUCCAUCCUGAGUUNCGCGUGGAGGCGAUCGAGAUCCCCUCGCUCCGCUUCUUCCUCGCAGUGCAGUUCCAUCCUGAGUUUGUGUCAUCGCCGAUGGACCCGUCGCCGCCGUACUUGGCGUUCAUGGCGGCGGCAGCAAAGAAGGAGUACAACUGGCCAGCGGCGUGUGCUACUCGUCGUGUGAGGACGUCCUCGCCACAAGUGCAGAGGCAGCAGUGA